ACGACAUCGGGUUUUGGAUGAAUCUUAAUUUUAUAGUUGUGGCUUUAUGAUGCUUUUGACGUUUGGAGGCGUUAAACACUGCCACCCUUUCCCGCUGUAGUGGUGUUAUUUUUGAAGCGUCAAACGAACGAAGAGACCCAUUUGUAUAGUGCUUUUUUUCAAAAGACUGGACCGGCCCGUCCCUACCGGUCCUUAUGCUCAUCUUCAUACAUUGAUUAGAAUAACAGUGGACUCCGAAUUUCUGUUCGCUCCUCUACGCACAUGGCCACCUCUACAGCAACGAACGCUGAAAUCCCCAUGAAAACCCUACCGGAGUCUCAACAAUCAGGAACGGAUGCAUCUGAAGAACCUAACGCCGCCAACUCUCCUCCAUCUAAGGUCGAAUCCAAGGCGGCGGCCACCACCACGGUGGUCAACAACGUCGCCGGCGAAGCUUCCUUUGAUAUUCAAAAGAAAAUUAAGCGCGCAGAGAGGUUCGGAGUGCCCGUACAACUGUCUGAAGAAGAAAAACGAAAUUCGAGAGCUGAGAGGUUUGGCAUUGCUUCCUCGUCAGCGGGAUCAAAUUCAUCAAAUAAAUCAGAGGAAGUAAAGAGGAAGGCUAGGGCAGAGAGGUUUGGGAUAGAGAAAAUUACCCCAGCAGAUGAGGAAGCAAAGAAGAAGGCAAGGCUUGCGAGGUUUGCGGGAGUAACAAAGGUUGAUCCUGUGGAGGAAGAUAAAAAGAAAGCAAGAGCUCUCAGGUUUUCACAAUCUCAAUCUGAUUCUGCAUCACAAACGAAUGGAAAGGAAAAUGCUGAGGGAACCACUGAUUUAGGCAAGGCAGGAGGGACCUGAAUUAUGCAAGGCUAGCAGGUUAUGAGACUGGGAUCUCGCAAGCUCGACCAGUAACCUUUCAUUACAACAAGGCGUGUGUUUCUGUACUUAUCCAACGCUAGAAAAGUUUUCUUAAGUACUGCGUAUGUUUUUUGCUCUACCUGUUUACAUACAAGAUAUAUUUUGGUGGUGACUGGUGAUCCCUUGUACUGUUGUAAGCAACCUCCUUAGCAUGUGUACUUUAUCAAAUGGCCAGUGAACAAUGUCAAAAAGGAAAACUAAACUGCAGGCUGAAAAUUUUGUAGAUUAAGCAAAUAUCGCUUUUAUUUCCUUAAUAUUAGGUGCUAGAAAUCUGAUGCAUGUGUAGUGUGCUGCUAAAAUGAGAUAUGUGCAUGAAAGAUACUGAGAAUGGUUUUGAACUUGCAUAGCUUUGGACCUUAUUCUUAGGUAUAAAAUCAUCUCAAAUGAAAGGUUUCUUUAGUGAUGGAUGAGUUAUUUGCAAGCAAGUAUAAAAUAAAAAAAAGUACGUUUUUAUUGCAUUAGUAUAUCAAGUAGGAUUUACUUUCUAGUUGCACCCGUUGAUCUUUUCUUCUUUCAACAUGAGAACAAUGAUAUUUAUUCCGUCGCGAAUCUGCAUACAGUAUUAUUAUGACUUGUUCCAAUAUGUUAUUCUUAGAAGUGGAUGGGAAACGAUGAAUUUACGCUCGUCUUGUGUGGUCGAUGAUUGGUAGAUCUUUACCUAGUCUUUUAUGUUAGGAUUUGACAUUGUGAAAUGGCCAUUUUGAAACAACUUGAUGCUAAGGAGGUGGUUUUUGACUGGCUGGGAUCAUUGGAUAUCAACUGUGUUAUUGUAUGUACUUGGAAAGAUUUUCUUGUAAUGUUUUGGUCGAGUUAUACUGUUCGAGAAAUGUAUGUGAACUUGGUGCAUUCUCCACUCUGCUUCAUUGCCUUU